AUGGCCCGCAAACCGUCCUUCAUCAGGACGCCAGGCAGGACUUCUCCAGAGGGCCAGGGCUCUCAAAAGGAAAAGGCCCUUGAAGAGGGGGCCCAGUGCCAGGGCAAGGCACAGUUCCGGGGCGCAGGGGUGGCCAUCAAUCGGACCUUCGAAGCUCGCAUGAGGCAGCUGCACAUCACCGGACAGCGAUUUCCCCAGGCGAAGCCAGCGAAUCCGAACGCCUUGAAGAAUAGGCCAUCGCUGCCCUUGGACGAAUCACAGAUUCCAAAUCCAACCGCAGAAGAGGUCGUGGUGAUACAGCCCUGGUUCAACCUGCUGGCAGCGGCAAUUUGGCAAAGCGAGAGAGAUCGCGGCUCGAUCCAAACAUCACUGCAAGACUCCAGAGAAGAGGUGCACUGGAGCCAGUCGCGCAUGAGCAAUGAGCUCUCCGCGCUUCGCACCCCCAGGACCCUCAGCCGAUGUUUGCCGCGCUCUCCCUGCGACAGCCGCCUCGACAGUGCCAGUACAGAAACACGGCCUCCAAGCUCCCAGGUGCCGCUGUUGCCUCGGCCAAGACGGCUGGAGCAGGAAGGAGCACUGGCGCUGGGAGCUCUGGAGGCGACUGUGUGGCCCGCGGGUUCGGCACGUUGGCGCCGGUUGGAGCUCGUGAAAACGAGCCCCAGCCCUGGCCCAAGCCCGGCGCCACAGCGGACGAGGGAGCCUCGCAGCAGCGAUGCAUUCCUCGGACCCGUGGAUUGCGAGUCCGACGGGGAGUACGAGCCCUUCGCGGCAAGAGCUCCCAAGCCGCGGUCUGCGGGUGCAGCACGCUGCUGGUGGCAGCUGUGA